AUGAGAUGGCAGCCAAGGAAGGAUGCCAACGGUACGGCACACUGUCCACAUUUCGUGGUGAAGGAAAAGGACGGAACCAACCACUCGGUCCUGUUUCAUGUGCGAUACUCCAAUGUUACUCGGCAUUACGAGAGCAUGGUCCACCAUUGGUGCUCCGUAGACCACACUGCCACAGCACUAUUUGAACCUCAACCUCUCUUGUUCGAACUAUUCAACAUAGUGCUGCAAAUGGAUAUUGAGGAGUUCACACCUUCCGUCUCCCAAGUCUUGGCACAGCUACUAGAGUAUCGCCCUAAUGGCUUGGAUACGGCCUACCAAGCACUCUUUCCCCCGUUGCUGACCCCGGCCGGGUCUUUGGGAUAA